AUGAGGUGGCUCUUAGGCAGCAGCUGGAGGAAAUUUGGACAUGCUGACAGGGGAAACUACGACUGGUUAACUAGUGAACCAGGUGUGCCACUUCUGGAAACACAGUUGCAGAGCAGACAUCAGAUCAGCUCAACCAAAGACGACGUAGAACCAUUUCUAUGCAUCAUCCUGCCUGCCACCAUGCUGCUCUUCCUGGCAUUCCUGCUGCUCUUCCUAUACCGCCGCUGCCGUCGACCCAGCCCCCAGGGGCAGAUCUUCAGUAUUGAUCUCCCAGAGCACCUACCUGAGCGUGACGUGUCCGAUUUCCUUUCAGUGCUGCCCUGGAACAGUGAGCAGAAUUUCCACUACUCCACUCUGCUCCCUGAAGCCACCUUCCUCACUGUAAGCUUGCCUCCAUCAUAUGAGGAGGCCACUAUGAAACCUCCUAUGGGAGAGACUCACAUUGAGUUUUCUCAGGAUCCAGUGCCUCCUUAUGAAGAGAGUACACACUGGCCAACCAACAGUAAAUAA